GGGAAACAUUAUCAUAUGAAGCAUUAACAAGUGUGACUCACCAGCUUCGAACCAUCAAUGACGUCACUAGCAGACGAAUCUUUGGUCGGUUGUUUCUACAGCAUCCUAUCAGUAGGCCAGACAACUUGUCUAGCUGCAAUGAUAUGUGACAAUCAUAUACACAAUGCUAUUUUAUGGUGCAUUGUAUUAGGACUGCUACAAGAUGAGGAAAUGGUAUGCUGCACUGUGGUUGGUGCGAGUAGUGUUGGUGCUAUUGCCACAAACUGCCUACAUCCAUCCUGAUGAGUUCUUCCAAACAGUGGAGGUUGUGGCAGGUGACAUCCUGGGCUUGGAUACCUACACUCCAUGGGAGUUCAACUCCACGUCUCCAAUACGUAGCGUAACUCUGCCGUUUACAAUCCUGGGACCACCACUUCUCCUUUUCAACUUCUUCACACAUCAUUUCCCUAUACUUGAGACAUCUUACCUCAUCCUCGUGCUGCCACGCUUAGUCAUGGUCCUCCUAACUGUUGUUUUGGACCUUUCAGUGUAUUACAUGUGCCAGUGUCUCAACCUGAACGAGUGGAUGGGUCUUAUGUUAGUGUCAUCAAGCUACGUAACGUUGACUUACUUGACAAGGACAUUCACAAACAGUUUUGAGACCACGUUUCUUUCACUAUUAUUAGUAGUGUUAAUAAGAGAGUGGAAAUCAACAAGAAGUUCAACAAUUCUGAAUUUUAAAGUACUGAGUACAGAUGUCAAAGAUAAAAAAUCAAAGAAGAAAUUUAAGCCAAAAAAGAAAAUCAAAAGUACGUUUAUUGCUGAAAUUCCUAGAUAUAGGCCUUAUGAAUGCAUAACUAGUAAUUUUCUCCCCUUGUCAGCUUUUCUUGUUGGGAUGAUUGUUGUGGCAGGUAUGUUUAAUCGCCCAACUUUUCUAAUAUUUUGUAGCAUGCCAAUCUUUUUCUGGAUUUUAUCUUAUUAUACCAAGACAAACAAAUUCAAUUCCAUUAUGACCAUUGUGAUAUUUUCUGGUCUCGGUUUCCUGUUAUCGUUUGUUAUUUUUGUGUUUGUAGAUUCUGUGUACUUUAAUCCUCAAAUAUUAUCAACUGUUAAAAGUGAUUUUGAAAAUUGUCAAUCUUCGCGAAAAGACUAUGUCAUGUGCUUGAAAGACACAAUCACAAAAUAUGUCAUUGUUACUCCUUGGAACUUUAUAAGGUAUAAUACAAAACGUGAUAACUUGGCGCAGCAUGGCAUACACCCGUGGUAUGUUCAUCUACUGGUCAACAUGCCGUUACUGUUUGGACCAAUGUGUGUUGUGAUGUAUUACUAUAUUGUUAAGUUUGUAUUGGACUUGUACAAAAAGACAUGGAAGAGUCACAACCUGGCUUUGAUAUUCAGUAAUUUUAUGCCAUUGAUUCUUCUGUCAUAUUUUCCUCAUCAAGAGCCGAGAUUUCUCAUUCCAUUAUUACCUACUAUGACGCUGAUCACAUUGAAAAUUGUUAGUUCUGUGAACCACAAAUCAUUUCUUUGUACAUGGAUUGUAUUCAAUCUAUUGUUGACUUUAUUGUUUGGAUUUCUUCAUCAGGGAAGUUUGACUUCAUGUAUUCAAUAUUUUCAGCAUAAUCUCCAUUCCAAGUGCAAAACAAAAGAAUCAUCUAAACACUGUUUUACUCAUAAAGAUAAAUUCAUAUUUUAUCAUACAUACAUGCCUCCACGAUAUUUGUUUUUAGAUGAAAAUGCAAACAAGCAAAUAGUUGAUUUACAAGGACAGAACUGGACUAGUCUUAGCAAUCAUAAGCCCAAAACAGUGAAACACCAAGUGUAUGUGAUAUUACCAGGGUCUCUUAUACAGGAGGCAAAACAUCAUUUAAAAUUUGACAUUGUUACUCAAUUUUCAUUGCAUUUAACAAUGGAGGACCCACCAGAUCUAUCGCUGUUGUUUCAUUUAUACGAAGACUUUACGUGUCAUAACUUUUAUAAAAUAUGGACAGAAUUAUCAUCACAGAUGUCAUUAUUUAUAAUUAAAAUAAAAAGGUAAUAUUUUG